CAAAUAGGCUACAUUUUGAAGGAUUCAAAAGGUACUUUAGUAAAUAGAACAUGUAAUGCUGUUGUGUAACUAGCUGUGGUUUACAUUGAUGAAUAUUUAGAGGUCACUUUUGUCACCACCAUGUCGCUUGCAGCGUGUUACACAAUGCAUCCAGUAUAAUAAUGUUAGUAUAAGUUAGCAGUCAUCAGCCUCUCUCUGUGUGAACCGGAGGUCUCCCCGAGGUAAACUCAUGGAUGGCAUGAAACAAGUCAAAGUGAGCCUUGGAGGAGAGGGGAGGCCUUCUUCAGAGAUCUCUGCUCCUCUCCAGCACACUAAGGCAUCGUGAUGUCAGCGGUGGCAGUAGCAGGAGACUGUAGUAAUUGACUUCUUGGUGGUGGGGGUGAUGGUGAUGGUGAUGAUGGCGUCAUUUUAAUGCCCUGCUGGUUGUAGCUUCCUCCUCCCUGCUGCUCUCCCAAUAAUAGCGAAGGUGUAGACGGAUCUCUGGCCUGGUCCCGACGCGACCGUGGCUCCCUUGGCCGGGAUCGAGCACCGCCGAGCCGGACGACUGACGCCGGGAAACAUGGAGGCUGCUGCGGCCGAGGAGGAGCUGCGGGCCGGCUGUCGGGUACCUGUCACUAUCGAUCAGAUAGUUAACGACACACUGGUGGUGACGCUGACCUACCGAGAGAGGAGCUACACGGGCAUACUACUGGACUGCGACAAGAAGACUGGGCUAUUCUGUCUACCAGAUUUCACAGCAAAACCCGAGGACUAUCCGAUACCUAUACCGGCUUGUGAAGUCCCAGAAGUUCUGAGUGAGGAGCCGGUUUCCAAAUCUCCCAGCCAGGAUUCACAGAGACCAAAGGAUGAAAACACUCUCACAGAAAGCAGCAUACCUGCCGCACCUGUUCCCUGCCCCGUACCCACACCAGUGCCAGCUGGACAGACUCCUUACCCUCCUUAUUUUGAAGGAGCCCCCUUCCCUCAUCCCUUAUGGGUGCGCCACAGCUACAGCCAAUGGGUACCUCAGCCCCCGCCGCGACCAAUCAAGAGAAAGAAGAGGCGGUCGCGAGAGCCUGGCCGCAUGACCAUGAGUACUAUCCGUCUGCGGCCGCGGCAGGUACUGUGCGAAAAGUGCAAGAACACGCUGAAUAGCGACGAGGACAGCAAAGACGGCAUGAGCAACACUAAGACUUCUAGAAAAGAGAAUGCACUACAGAGCGAAGAUGACGGCGACGACAAGGAUAGCCCCUCUAAGCUGUCGAGAAAAGAGGACGUAGUUGCGAGCAGGGACGCUAAGAGACGCGAAAAUGGCACCAGCCUUGACGGCAAACGCCUCAGGAAGGACAAAAGGGGGGACGCUGAAGGGGAGAAGUUCCCCGGAGGUGACAUUAUCCCCCACAGUCCUGUCAUAAAGAUCUCCUACAGCACGCCACAGGGCAAGGGGGAGGUCAUGAAGAUCCCCGCCAGAGUCCACGGUUCCGUCAAGCCGUUCUGCCCCAAACAGCUGGUGCAGAAUGGCGUGGGAGAAAAUGGCAAGACGCCUUCUGAUCCCACUAAGGAGCAACGGCACAUUUUAGAUGCCACAAGGUCCGGCCUCACCGUGUCCAUUCCCAAACUCAAACUUACCAGACCUUUUACUACCGUGGGUCAGGACUUGCCUUCUCCAAAGAUCCACUUGAGACCCCCUCUGAGGGACGGUGAGGAGAGUGUGGUCGAGUACGAGGCAGAACUUGUAGGAGGCACCAGGAGACGAAGCCCCAGGGUGCCCGGUCCCUGCCUCCCCCACUCUGAAGACUCAGGGGAAGGUAAAAACUCUCUGGAGUUGUGGUCGGGGAGUUCGGGAGAGGAGGCGGAGCGCGGCCACAGCGACCUCACCCUUCUCAUCAAUUUCCGUAAGCGUAAAGCGGAUUCUUCUAGCCUGUCGGUCUGCAGCAGCGACAGUCUAGAUGAGUCCAAGUCCUUCAGCUCCGACGGCACCUCGCCAGAGCUGUGCGACCUGGCGCCAGGUGAAGACCUGUCCGUAACCUCAUCUUCUGUACCCUUGCGGGAAGACUGCAAGACAGUGCCGCCGCUUACGGUGCGGCUUCACACCCGCAGCAUGACAAAGUGCGUAACGGAGGAGGGUCACGCCGUGGCGGUGGGCGACAUCGUGUGGGGGAAGAUCCACGGCUUCCCCUGGUGGCCGGCACGCGUCCUUAGCAUCAGCGGCACCCGCAAGGAGGAGACGGCCAGUUGCGAGGCGCAGUGGCCCCAGGCGAAGGUGGCGUGGUUUGGUUCGCCCACCACCUCCCAGCUCUCCGUUGCCAAACUGUCGCCCUUCAGGGAGCUCUUCAGGUCCCGCUUCAACCGCAAGAAGAAAGGGAUGUACCGGAGAGCCAUCCUGGAGGCAGCCAAGGCCGUGGGCCACAUGAGCCCAGAGAUUACAUCGCUGCUCUCCCACGGUGACACGUAGAGGCUGAGGACUGAAGAGAGGUCUCCGAAGUUUUUCUGAAUUCUCAGACUGUGUCAUCAAGACCCAGGAGGGGAGUACGUGUGGUUGCCACGGCUACUAUUUAUAUGCCGUUUUUUUUUUUUUUUUUUUUUUUUCACAAGGCUGGUUGAAAGAAUGGCCGCCAAGGUGGAGCGUUGUUGAGACUGGAUAAGGGAGCAAAAAAAGAAAAAAAAAAAGGGCCAGGCAUCUCAUGGUCUACUAUGAACUAUUCCUCCUUUUUUUUUUUUGUUUUCUAGAUUUAAUCAUAUUUCAAUAGAGCUGAAUAACGACACUACAAGGACCCAAAUGUAUUUAUUAUUAUUAUUAUCUGUAAUGGUUUAUUAUGAUCCACCCUUCCACUACAACUCUCGCAAAAACCUCCCAGUCUGCUGCUGUCAUUAUCGCGGUCCUCGCCCGCUGAUGUGUUCACUGCGAGGUCUGGCAAGAGGAAGCCGGUGGCGUCUUUUAAAGGAAUACCCCCUCACACACACACACACAAACACACACACUUGGACAUGAGCCGUUUGACCACGGUUUAAAAAAAAGUCUUACUUCUGAUAAUGUGAACGGCUCCAUCCAGAGACAGUAGUGACUGUUCCCGCUUUUCUAGCGAUCAGUGUUCCAUCCUCGUAGCCUUCUGCGACAUUAGUUGGAUUUGUGGAUGUAUUUAUACUGAACUCUCCAGAAUCAUGUUGUGUCUCUCUUCCAUUUCAUUUUUAACUUGUCAUGUCAACGAACUCCCCCCUCCCCCCUUCCUCCCAACUCUUUUCUUUUUUCCUGAGAACCAUUUUUACAUCACUUUAAUUAUUUAAAGCGUAAGAAAAAAAAAGCACUUUAUCUGUACCUUGGUGGCCUGCUGUAAGCUCACUGUCCGAGACACAGCCCUGAUAGGCAGCAGGGGAGUUCAGAAGUCUUUGUGGUUGACUAUCCAUGGCCUUGGAGAUACAAAAAAAAAAAUCUUUUCUUUUAUUUUAUUGUACGAAUAUCGGGGACACCAGACACGGAUGGUUGUGUACACUGUAUUCUCGCAUUUGACUCUCAGCUACACACACUACAAAAAAAUCCACAUUUCCACUGGAGAAACAUGGGUGAACAAAUGUGCCCCCUAUGCAUUAUCAGUUAAAGCUUUAUGAGUGACGUUUGGGAGAGAGAAAAAUAAAUAACAUGCUGUAAGAAUACUGUGAAUUCAACUGCUGAGUGUGCUGAGGAAAAGCAGUUAUCGAGUCAUCUGGUAAAAGCAGACUGCAACGCUGACCUUUAGUGACCUUUGUGUUGAAAGCAGCACUGUUGGAAUAGGGAGAGAGUGGGGGGGCAGUUAAGGCAAGAGGCUGUCGAGCACAGCCCGGUCUGUAUUAAAAACGUACCGAAGAUUGCACACAGUCACGCUCAGCCAACCAGCCCGUCUCCCUUCCUUCUGCCGGUCUGGGAACACUUUGUUCAGAUCGAGGCUGAAAACUAGCCGGUUGAUUGUCAGUGAGGGGGAGUGUGUUUGUUAAAGGGGGGGAGAGCAGGUAACGCACUCCUCCCAUCUUGAUAAUCUGCGGUUUGACUGUUUGUUGUCAAGCCCGGCUAGUUUCCAGGCCGCCUUACACAGCGAGGAGUCUAAAUGUACGUAUGCCUGAGAGGGGAAACGGCCGUCAGGAUUUUCCCCGUGUAUGAGCAACAUGGCUAUCUACUGUUGCCCACGUUGGUCAAUGUUAUUGGCUACUUUUUUGUUUUCUUUUUUACAUGUACUGUACAUAAAAUAAAAUAUAAAGCAAUACA